CGUUGUGCAACUCCUCGAAUCCCAGCGCCCCUUGCACUAGGCGAUCCCACUGCUCCCACACGCCAUCACCACUCACGCCACAUGCCAUGCCUCCUCGCCUGCCCGCGUUAGCAGUCGUACUUUCACGCCACCGUCACCUCUCCGCGCAUUCCGCGCACACGCGUCCAGCAUCUCCUGCGCUCUCCGCGUGAUGUCUCCUCGCGCCACUCGCUGCUGCGCGCACCGUCCCUUCCCGUAGUCCUCUCUCCCCUUCCGCCUCUCGUUCCGCGCAUGGCGUUCGCCUCACCGCCGCCCGCCAACAGCACGUGUGGCGGGGGCGAUGGGGCGGAGCGGGCGGCGCGGGCGCGGCGUGGGGGCUGCAGUACCUGUGGAACGUGAGCGCGGCGGGCGGCGCGUGCUGCGUGGCGCUCUUCGCCGCCGUCAAGCUGCGCGCCGACCACCGCCUGCCGUCCGCCACGCACGCGUGGCGCAAGCUGCGCGCCGUGUGGCACGUGACGGACGCGCAGAUGGCGCUGCUGUGCGGCGCGGACGCCGCCGACUACCUCAUCCUGCUGCGCUGCGUGUGCGCGCUGCUGACGGGCCUGCUGGUGCCCGCCAUGGCGCUGCUGCUGCCCGCCAACGUGCGCGGGCGGGACCCCUGGGUGUGCGACGACCUGGGCGCCACCACCAUCGCGCACGUCGCCCCCGCCGCGCCCGCGCUCUGGCUGCCCGCGCUCUUCGCGCUGCUGCUGCCGCCCGCCACGCACCUCGCCCUCCGCGCCUUCCGCCACCAGCGAGCGCUCGCCCGGGCGGGUUACGCUGCGCUGCACAGCGUUGCCAGGGACGGCGCUGCUGCUGAUGGUGAUCCCUAUGGUGGUACUCAUCAUGAUGAUGAUGACGUGGACAUGACGGCUCAUGACGUGGCAGAGUACACCAUUCUCAUUCGUGGGGUUCCAAAAGGCUUGUCAGCAUGCCCUCAGGUCCUCCUGGAGUACUUCGACCGUCUGUACCCCGGGCGCACAGCCCGUGUGCUGCAUCCGCCCGACAUGGCGGCGGCGCUGGCAGCGCUGCAGCGCGUGGCCGCCCUCAGAGCGCGCCUGGCACACGCGCAGGCCAGAGCCGCACUGCAGGCCGAGGCGGAGGUGCAAGGGGGAGGGGCGGAUCUGGGGGGAGGCAGGGGGGGACAGGCACAGGCGCAUGCUGCUGCGCCCAGAGCUGUUGACGUGGCACCUGUGCACGAGCCACUCAUCUCGUGGAGUGGCCGGCAGGGGCCAGCUGGCAUGCAGAGGUUGGAUGGGAGUGGGGAGGGAGGGAUGGGAGGUGGGAGAGAAGAUAUGGUGGGGGAAGUAGGCGAGGAGGAGGAGGAGGAGGAGGAGGAGGAGGAGGAGGAGGAGGCAGACAGAGGGGGUAUGGGCAGGGGUACGGGUGUGACUGGUGGUGAUGGUGUGGCUUCGUCUCUUCUCGCAUGCUGCCGUCUCUUCCUGCCGCCCCAAGCAGCCCAUUCCGCCGUGCACUGCCUCUGCCUGCUGCCGCUCACCGCCCUUCACUCGCUCUCCCUCUCUCUCUCCCCGCUUCUCGCCUCCCUCCGCACCUCCCUCGCCUCCCUCCUUGCACCCAUGUCCGCUGCCUGGCUGUGGCGGGUGGGGGCGCGAGACUGGGAGGGGGAGGCGCGGAGGCUGGAAGAGGAGGUGCGGAGGGCGGAGGGGGAGGUGCAGCAGGCGCGGAGGGGCAGGGGGAGAGGGGCGGGGGUGGCGCUGGUGGUGUUCCGGGACGCGUUCACGGCGACCCGGGCUUUAAGGGACCGGCUGUGGGUGACCCCCCGGUGGCGCCUGGCGCCCCUCGCCACGGCCUCGUGGCGGGUGGAGCGCGCGCCGCCUGCCGCCAGCAUCAUCUGGCAGAACGUGGGCGGCAGCCGGGCGGCAAGGCAUGUGCGCACAUGGGUGGUGAAUGUGUGUGUGGUGGCGGCGCUGUGCGUGUGGUCGUGCCCGCUGGCGCUGCUGACCGCUGUGUCGUACGCCGCUCACAGCGUGGACCCUGCUGCUGUCGCCCACCUCAACGCCUGGCUCUCAUGGGCGCGCAGCAACAGCGGCGUGGCAGCCGUGGUGCUGCAGUUCGCGCCCAACCUGCUCUCCUUCCUCGCCAUGUACGUCCUCAUGCCCGCUGCGCUGCACCGCCUUGCGCUGUUUGAGGGGCACAUCACGACGUCGCGACAGCAGGCGGCGCUCUUCCUCAAGCUCACCACGCUCUACCUCUUCAACCUCUACGUGCUCAAGGCGCUGCUGGAGGCGGCGCUACAGUCGGCCAUCCUGCACUCGGCGCACUGCUACGUGGCGCCGGCGCACUGCCCGUCGCUGCUGCAGUGGCUCAACACCUCGCUCAUCGCCGCCUCCUCCCUCUCCGCCCUCUCCUUCCUCCUCACCUCCGCUCUGCUCGGCGUCUCCCUCGACCUACUCGCGCCCCUCGCAUGGCUCGCCCCACGCCUGCACCUCGCCACGCGCCGCUGCCUGCGCUGGGUAGGGUGGGGGCGGGGAGGGGGGGAGUGGCAGGCGCAGAGCAGGGGUGUGCAGGGCGGAGAGGGGGGGACCCUGGCCAGUGCGGUCACUGCCUUCAAGGCUGUGGGAGCAUGGCUGAGAACCGUGGUGGGCGGAAGGAUGCACGAGGGAGAAGGAGCGGUGCAGAGCGGUGCUUAUGUGACUUUGCCAGGGGAUGCUGUUGAGGGUAUAUGCGUGAAUGGCGAUGCUGAGACACGUGGAGGACGGCCGUUGGCUGACAUGGCUGAAGGUGCCCAUGGGGCGAGUGAUGAUGAGGAGGGAGGGAGUGAGGGGGGAAGUGAGAGCAGCAGUGAGAGUGACCUGGGAUUGCUCUCUCUGCUGGAAGAGGCAGGUGCAGAGACAGCCACACACUCUCACCUCCUCUCCCCGUCCACUCUCACUACUCCCCUCUCGCCUCCCUCUCUUUCCACCACACAGACGCCCAUAGCGCCACAGUCCAGCCACCCACCGCCCACUGUGCCCCUCUACAUCUACCCCCCAGCCCCAGCUGCAUCCCUACCAGUGGCCACUUCAACAGCACCACAACCUUCACUUUCACCAGCAGCAGCAGCAGCAGCAACAGCAGCAGGGCAAGCAGCCGCAGCAGGGCAAGCAGCAGCAGCAGGGCAAGCAGCAGCAGCAGGGCAAGCAGCAGCGUCCUUUUCUUCCAGACCAGACACAUCAGCAGCGGGGCCAGAGCCCCAGGAUCCGCCCAGGAAGCACCGCCCCCCCCUGCGCUUUGAUUUUGCGCAGUACUACGCGUACAACACCACGGCGCUGUGCGUGGUGCUGGUGCACGCACCCCUGGCGCCCCUCGUGCUGCCCGCGGGGCUGCUCUUCUUCUCCUACCGCCUCCUCGUCGACAAGUACAACUUCCUCUUUCUCUACCGCCACCGCCCCACCCACCACACCAACCACCACCAUGCAGCACCGCACUCAACCUCAUCCCAUCCAUCCCUGCUGCCCCCCUCGGCCCCUGCGCUGGUGUCAGAUGGGCGGCUGGUGCGCGCCGCAGUGGGUGUGGUGCGCGUGAGCGUGUGCGCGGCGCUCACCGCCCUCGCUGCACUCCUUGCAUUCAAAGGAGACCCCGAUAGGCUCCAGGCCAUGCUGCUGGGGUCGGCAUCAUUUGUCCUUUCUGUGAUGUAUGCUGUGGAUGGCCUGGUGCCAGUGCCAGGGAAGGGGAGCGUUGUAGGCGCACGAAGGCACAGUGGUAACCACGUGUUAUCAGAGAGACUGGUCAACAGGCCAACAGCGUAUGAGGUGUACUGGCAGCAAUUAUUGAAUGACGAGCAGUGAUUGCAGAGGUGGUUUGCAGAG